GUAGCAAAUCACGAAAAGGAUCAUAUUCGAGAACUCUUGACGGCCAAUAUCCCAAAUUCGAAGCCAGGGAAACCCUUUCGCCUGCAACCCCGAUUCCCAGUGACGACCGCACCGAGCCUUGGUGGGGUCCUCGAGACCGCUAGAUGGCUUCCUUGAAGCAGUUUAUUCGGAAUGUGCGAGCGGCGAAAACUAUAGCAGAUGAACGGGCGGUAGUCCAGAAGGAGAGUGCUGCAAUCCGAGCGAGCUUUAGGGAGGAGAGCCACGACUCCAAUGUGAGGAGGAACAACGUUGCGAAGCUUUUAUAUCUUUUUACUUUGGGAGAAAGAACGCAUUUUGGACAGAUAGAAUGUCUGAAAUUGCUGGCCUCCCCCCGCUUUGCGGACAAACGAUUGGGCUACCUGGGAACAAUGCUUCUGCUUGACGAGAACCAGGAAGUCUUGACAUUGGUUACCAAUUCCUUGAAGAAUGACCUCAACCACCCCAACCAGUAUAUCGUUGGCCUUGCCCUCUGCACCCUUGGCAAUAUCGCAUCGGUCGAAAUGUCUCGAGACCUGUUCCCCGAAGUAGAGAACAUCAUAUCAAGCUCAAACCCAUACAUUCGACGGAAGGCAGCGCUAUGCGCCAUGAGGAUAUGCCGGAAAGUGCCCGAUCUGCAAGAGCACUUCUUGGAGAAGUCCAAACAGCUGCUUCAAGAUCGGAAUCAUGGAGUAUUGCUCUGUGGCCUGACUCUUGUGACGGAUCUUUGCGAAGCAGAUGAAGCAGAAGACGACGAGAAUGGCAUCAAAGAAAUGUUCAAACCAACCGUACCAAGCCUGGUAAAGAUAUUGAAAGGGCUCUCAACAUCUGGUUAUGCUCCUGAGCACGACGUUACAGGCAUCACCGAUCCAUUUUUACAGGUCAAGAUUCUGCAACUCCUCAGGGUGCUCGCACGUGGGGAUGUCUCCGUCAGUGAACAAAUCAAUGAUAUUCUAGCACAGGUUGCUACCAACACGGAGUCGUCGAAAAAUGUCGGAAAUUCAAUUCUCUACGAGGCCGUUCUUACAAUCCUAGACAUUGAAGCGGACUCUGGUCUCCGUGUGCUCGGCGUUAACAUCCUCGGCAAAUUCCUUUCGAACCGCGACAAUAACAUUCGAUACGUUGCACUGAACACGCUUAUCAAAGUUGUCGCCAUUGAGCCGAACGCUGUCCAGCGCCAUCGCAACACAAUUCUUGAUUGUCUGCGCGACCCUGAUAUCAGUAUUCGCAGGAGAGCGCUGGAUCUGAGCUUUACCUUGAUCAACGAGAGCAAUGUGAGGGUCUUGAUCCGAGAGCUGCUAGCUUUCCUUGAGGUCGCAGAUAACGAAUUUAAGCCUGUAAUGACCUCUCAGAUCGGCAUCGCAGCGGAUAGAUUCGCCCCGAACAAGAGAUGGCAUGUUGACACCAUGCUUCGCGUAUUAAAACUGGCAGGCAAUUACGUGAAGGAACAGAUCCUCUCUUCCUUCGUCCGUCUUAUUGCAACAACCCCUGACUUACAAACGUACUCGGUCCAGAAGCUUUAUGCCGCUUUGAAAGAUGAUAUCUCGCAGGAAGGUCUAACGCUUGCGGGCUCCUGGGUGAUCGGCGAGUAUGGAGAUGCUCUACUUCGUGGAGGACAGUAUGAGGAGGAAGAGUUGGUGAAAGAAGUCAAGGAAAGCGACAUCGUCGACCUUUUUGAGACCAUUCUGAGCAGCAGCUACGCUGGUCAAAUCGUCACCCAGUACAUCGUCACCGCUGCGAUCAAACUCACCACCCGACUAAGCGACGCUGCGCAAGUGGAAAGACUACGGCGAUUCCUCCAACGAUAUGGCACGAAUCUCGAUGUGGAAAUCCAGCAGCGUGCUGUUGAAUACGGCAACCUUUUCGCUUACGACCAGAUCAGGAAGGGUGUCCUUGAAAAGAUGCCCGCCCCUGAGAUUCGUGAAGAGCAAAGAGUGCUAGGAGAAGCGACCAAAAAGAAGCAGACGAAGGUUACGAAGAAGAAACCCGCACAAUCUGCCACGGAGGAUCUGCUGCUUGAUCUCAUGGGUGAUCCGGGUACAGACGGGGGAGCUACAACUAAUGGCACUCAGGCUCAAAGUGCCGAUCUACUAGCAGACAUCCUCGGUGGAGGAGGGCCAUCAACUUCAUCGCCUCCGCAAACAACUUCCCCACCUCCCAACAACGUCAGCUCCAUCAUGGAUCUUUUCAACAGCGGCCCUUCGGGUUCUCCAGCACCUGUCCCAUCUCAGCAGCCCUCGGCACCAGCGUCCAUGGAUCUCCUCGGUGGCUUGUCUUCACAACCCACUCCAUCCCCUGCGCCCGCCUCAUCCGGGCCACCAGCACACGGUGUUUACAACAAGAAUGGCCUGACGAUUACUUUUCAACUCAAGCGCGAUGCAAAUGCUAUUCAAGUGCUUGCACGGUUCCGUAAUACUGGUGAUUUCUCGCAUCUUAGUGCUGUCAACCUUCAAGCCGCUGUCCCCAAAACGCAAAAGUUGCAAUUGCAGCCUAUUAGCCAGGGUGAACUAGAUGGAGGACAGGAGGCCACUCAACAGAUGAGGAUUACAGCUGUAAAUGGGCCUCCUCCUGCUCGAUUACGAUUAAGGCUCCGACUUGGAUACGCCAAUGGUGGCAAUCCGGUCCAAGAACAACUCGACUGGUCGGAGCCCGCGUGAUUACCAUUAUAUUUCGGACUUAAGAAAGGGGAUUAGCUAGUCUUUGGCAAUGCUUGGGGUCACUUGGUUUCAUAGGCUCAUGAGCGUGCGCGUGAUAGAACAUUGUGUAUACAGCGACGAAAGCGUGGGAACAUCCACGCAAAAACAGCACAUGUGACAAGUUUGCAUGGCGAAAUAUUCAUCAGAAAUUAACUUUCUAUACCGAGACUCGAUUACGUGGCCCAUGAUCUCUUUA